CAACCCCAGCCGUCGUCUCUCAGGUGUUACCCGCACCACGGUCGCCAUGGAUACGCAGCCCGAAAUGGAACAGGGAUAAAGCUGCGGAGGAGUCCUGGGAAAAGCAAUCACACGUGGCUGCACUGUACACAGAGUCCUGGCGGGCGUUCCCGCCCGUACGCCGGCACCGGCACUCCUUCUGUGUGCCCAGCUUUUAAUAUCAGUCUGGAUGAGAAGGUUUCCAUGAGAGCGUCAGGAUUUAUACGGAUCAGGACCGGUCCCAGGACGGCUGAGGCUGCUGCUCAUUGGUCGGAACGGAGAUGCUGAUCGGGUCGAUGUGCUGAGCCCCUGAGACCCGAACCCGCGUUUAUCAGCCGACCGUCUGCCGUGCAGCACGAUGAACGGAUACGAGCCUCCGGGCGUCACCUCGGCCGUCUUCGGCUCGUACAGCUCGCACGUCAACGGCCUCGACUCCCCGUCUCCAGAACCUCCCAGAACCAAAGCCAAGCCCGGUGCCAAAGCUCUGAACGAACCGAGGAAACACUUCAAGACCAGCAUCAACAGCCUGACGGACACGUCGCAGUACCAUGUGGAGCACCUGACCACCUUCGUCCUGGACCGGAAGGACGGCAUGAUCACGGUGGACGACGGCGUCCGACGGCUGCGGCUGCUGGACGCCAAGGGGAAGAUCUGGACCCAGGAGAUGCUGCUGCAGGUGGAGGAGAGGACGGUCAGCCUGGUGGACCUGGAGACCCGGAACGAGCUGGAGAACUUCCCGGUCGGGUCGGUCCAGCACUGCCAGGCGGUUCUGAACGCCUGCAGCUACGACUCCAUCCUGGCGCUGGUCUGCAAGGAGGCGGGUCAGAGCAAAGCGGACCUGCACCUGUUCCAGUGCGACGACAUCAAGGCGAACCUGAUCCAGGCCGACGUGGAAAGCGCCAUGAGCGACGCCAAAGGAGGCAAAGUGAAGAGACGCCCGGAAACGCUGAGGAUGAUCCUGAAGAGCGACGGCAUGAUCCCGCCUCCCCCCGCGGCCCCCGCCCCCGAAGCCCCGCCGUCCUCCAAUCAGGGGGACGUCAAAGGCCGAGCCCCCUUCUGGUCGGCGUGGACCAAUGAGCAGCAGGACUACGGGGGGCCGGUCUCGCUGGACGACGGGCCCGUGGAGAUGACGGCGUCCCGGGUGGACCGAGACGUGCAAAUCCUCAACCACAUCCUGGACGACAUCGAGUUCUUCAUCACCAAACUGCAGAAGGCUGCCGAGGCGUUCGGCGAGCUCUCCAAGAGGAAGAAGACCAAGAAGGCCAAGAAGAAGGGCCCGGGAGAGGGCGUCCUGACGCUGAGGUCCAAACCCCCCACUGAAGACGACUUCAUCGACUGCCUGCAGAAGUUCAAGCACGCCUUCAACCAGCUGGGGAAGCUGCGGGACCACAUCCAGAACCCCAGCGCCGUGGACCUGGUCCACUUCCUGUUCACCCCCCUCAGGAUGGUGGUCCAGGCGUCCGGCGGCCCGGAUCUGGCCCGGAGUGUCGUGGUUCCUCUGCUCACCAAAGACGCCAUUGACUUCCUGCACGCGUCGGGGACGGCGGAGGAGCGCCACCUGUGGGUGUCGCUGGGAGACGGCUGGACCAAGUGCAGGCUGGAGUGGCCUAAGGACCACUACUUCCCCCCCUGCGUGCUGCGUUUCCGUGACAACUGGGAGCCUCCCGUGCUGCAGGAGCCGGCGCCGCCGGCUGAGGGCUUCGCCGACGCCGGCGUCCAGCGGCGGGACGAGCUGCUGCUGCGACUGGCUCAGCAGCAGCAGGUGGCGGUGCCGAGGUUCCCCCCCCACGACGGGUAUGCCCCCGACGAGUCCUACAACCGCUUGCAGAUCCUGGAUCAGAGCGCGGCCCUUGCUGCUUUUAAACAGGCCGUCAGCCGCCAGGUCGACCGAGGUUGCGACGUCGGAGGUCAACAAAAACUGUUUGCCAAAUCCAACUACGACUUUGUGGCGAGAAACAACACGGAGCUGUCGCUUCUCAAAGACGAGGUUGUCGAGGUCCUGGACGACAGGAAGCAGUGGUGGAAGGUCCGAAACGGCUGCGGGGCUUCAGGCUACGUGCCAAACAACAUCCUGGAGCUCACGGGGGCGGUGGACAUGACGGGCCGAGGAGAGAACAUCUACAGCCACACCAUACAGCUCAUGAUGCCAAAGAAGGAGUUUGAGUUGUUCAAGCAGCAGUUGCUCGGGGAGUUAAACGAGAAACAGAUCACCAGGCCGGACCCCCUCCCCAGUAAACCCGUGGCCACCCCGAUGCCUCCGGCACCACCGCCACCGCCCCCCGUCCAGGCCAGGCUCCCCACGCCGCCGCUGCCCCCCCCACCACCCACCCCACCCUUCAAACCCACCAGCGGCGGCGGCAGCAUCAGGACGGUCAGCCGACAGAGCAGCGUCACGUCCAGCGAGGCCGACAGCAGCAGCGCCGCCAGGGAGCCGGGCCACCAGAAACCCGACGCCGGCCGCAGGAAGUCCAACAUGGAGGACGUCCAGGACGAGCUGGUCCACCGGCUGACUCUGGGUCGCAGCGCUCAGAAGAAGUUCGCUGGGCCGAGCCGCGGCAGCCUGCCGGCCGUCAACAUCACCUACGACUCGUCUCCCGACGACGUCAAGUCCUGGCUGGAGGCCAAGGGCUUCAGCCCAGUAACCAUCAGCAGCCUCGGCGUUCUGACCGGCGCCCAGCUGUUCUCCCUCAACAAGGAGGAGCUGAAGACGGUGUGUCCCGACGACGGCGCCAGAGUCUUCAGCCAGGUGACGGUGCAGAAGGCGGCGCUGGAGAAGAGCUCGGGUUCAGAGCUCCAGGAGAUCAUGAGGAGGCGGCAGGAGAAGCUGAACGCCGGCACCUGCGACUCGGGGGUGGAGUCUUUUGACGAAGGCAGCGCCCACUAGGCUCCGCCCCCGCUAGGCUCCGCCCCCACUAGGCUCCGCCCCCUGCUUUAGUCCCAGUUUCCCCCCAAACUUCAGCCUGAUCUAUACCUCCACCUCCCGUCUCCACCUCCAGGCGGCGGCGGACCGCGCCGAGUUCAAGGAGAUCAUGCGCCGCCGGCAGGAACUCCUCAGCUCGUCUCCGUAGAAACGAGACGCCAGCCGACCUCCGACCUCCGGACCCCGAGCCAAUCACAGCGCAGAGCUCUGCCACGCUGCCUGAACUCUGGGGGGGCAUGGGGGGGGUCGUCUCUGUUGUUCUUCUGCUGUUGAAAAGCUGCUCAGUGUGUGUGUGUGUGUGUGUGUGUGUGUGUGUGUGUGUGUGUGUGUGUGUGUGUGUGUGUGUGUGUGUGUGUGUGUGUGUGUGUGUGUGUGUGUGUGUGUGUGUGUGUGUGUAUGUAUGUA